UACGAAGAGAGCGUCCGCAAGACUAUCGAGAGCUGUCUCACCGCUCAGGCCAUGAUUGACAUCAACGCCAAACACUUGGAGGGCUUGAGGACCGAGUGUGCCAUCAGUGCUGAGCUCACGCAGAAUGAGAUCCGCGGUCUUGAGACAAAACUCGUGAAGCUUUUCAGUCGACAAUUGGUGGCGAAAAGGAAAUGUAAAGACAGCCAUAAUAUCACUGAAUUGAGACAAUAUCCACAACUGCGGCAAUGGCUAAGAGUUGUGGGUUUGGGCGACAAGUCUAUCAAUGGAAUUUGUGAUCGGAUCACGACUUUUGAUGCAUUACUCAAAUCAUCGGAACAGCAAAUGAAAGAAAUUUUGCGCGAAAAAGAGUCGCCCGAAGAGGAGAUCCGACGAAUACUGACGGCGCUUAAGAACUUGAAGUUAUCCAUCGAUAAGUUAAUGGCCGGUGAGUUCCCAUUAGAGUUGGAUCUCCAUUGGGACUCUUGGGACAGAACCACAUCCACAACGAAUACAAACUCAAUCUCUUCCUCGUCGGCGACCGCAUCGCCGAGAAUCACACGAAACCGAACGAUGCGAUCGUCGGUGCCGUCGGACGAAACACUCAAGAAUAGUAGUCCACUCUCACCGCCGCAAUCAGCGGGUCUCUGGUCUUCGCAAACUGGUUCCUAUAUAUUGAACGCCAACACAAACAGUAAGUGUGGCGACGCCUCCCGACCCACACCUCCCUCCACGCCUACCAUCACCGCCAAGAAGAACGGCGGCAACCCUUCGGAGCGCAAGUUUCCGACGACUCCGCCGCCGAAGAUUCGCAACCUAUUGGCCGAUCCCUUCCCACUCGUCAAAUCCAAGUCACACGAAGAACAUCUCGCCAACAGAAUCGAGCCCUUGGAUCCCGCGAUCGCUAAUCAAUUGAUUCUGAAGUAUAUAACGAAUGCCAAUCAUAACCAUCACAACAGUUUAGACAAUUUGCCGCAUCAACACCGCCGGCGUUUGGCCACCGAACCCGGCUAUGGCCACACGUCGCCCAUCAUUACGCCGCCGUCGCGCUCACCGCCGGUCGUCAGUCCCGACCAAACGCAAGACAAUUGCUUUGUGGACACACCGGUGGCGCCGCGUUCGCCCCGCUCUCACGGUAUGGCUCACUCUAUUCAUCAUCGGUUCAGUACCACAAUGAAGAUCAUCAGUACAUGCAAUCUGUGCGAAAAGCCAAUGUUUUUUGGUUUUAAGUGCAAAGACUGCAAAUACCGGUGCCAUCGAGACUGUGUGGAGAAAGUGCCCAAUUCUUGUGGUCUUCCCAACGAAUUGGUCGAUAUAUUCAAACAGACCAUCAAUAGUGAGGAAAGACGAUCGCCAGUAGUGCCCAACAUUAGUGCUGCGGCCGGCGCUCGGACUCAAAGUGAAAUACUCGGCCGAAAGGCCCACAAAAAGCGAACUCAACAUUACAACCAACCCAUGAUAAACCUGCCCUCCUUUGCCGGUCACGACUCCUCAUCCAACACCUCGUCAUGCAAUUCGUCGACCCCUUCAUCGCCGGCACUCAUCAGUUACCCAUCGAUGACAUCGACCCAAACGCCGCCCCAAUCGGCGUCUAUCGUCGGAAGAGUACAGCAGUUCCAGUUUCCAGAGAUUUCGUUCUCCAACACUAUUUCAUUCCACGACAACUACAACACCAUCGAUGGUAUCACUAUUGAGACCAAACCAUUCAGUGAGAGUGAAGUGAUUGACACUCAGAAGAGUACGGACAGCGACAAGACUGUGUCGGGAACGUCGGGGUCGGGCAGCACCGACUCCGAGAAGACACUCGCCGGACGUGGUGAUUGGCUUACGAUUCCGAAGGGAUGGCUCUGCUAUUUGGCGCCCGAAAUAGUCCGUAGUUUACGAAUACACAGCGAACAAGAAACCGAAGAAUUACCUUUUUCUACCGCAACCGAUGUCUAUGCCUUUGGAACUGUAUGGUAUGAGUUGUUAUUAGGCGAGUGGCCGUUCAAAGGGCAACCGUCUGAAGUGAUCAUAUGGCAAGUGGGCAAAGGAGUCAAACAAUCACUAAUCAAUCUCCAAACGUCCAAAGAAGUUAAGGAUUUGUUACUGAUUUGCUGGUCAUUCAAACCGCACGAAAGGACAGAAUUCAGUAAAUUAUACGAUAUAUUGACGCGUUUGCCAAAGAAAAGGCUACAAAGAAGUCCCUCCCAUCCCAUACAUCUGCUCCGUUCGGCGGAAUCGCUCUUCUAAUUACAAUUAGUUUUAUUAUAUUUAAAAAUACAAAAACAAAUUAUAUAUAAAUAUAUUAGUUAUAGAUUUAUCUAAAAAUUUUAAUCAUAUAAAAAACAAAUUAAUUCUCACAAAAAAUAUUUGCUACGAAAACUAAACUAAUGAAAUAAUUUAAUGAAUUGAAUAUUUUUUGUCUUAACUGUGAUGUUAUAUAAUAAUUAUGGUUAUUCUAAUUGUAACGGUAAUGUCCGGGACAUCGAUUUGAUUCACUCCCGGAUAUCGUAAUCGUAUUUAGUAAAUGAAAUACCAGUUCCCUCUCACUGUCGGGACAACAGUAUAUUGAGUACACUUUUUAUGGUAUAGUUUAUUGCAAUGAAAAAACAAAUUGUAAAUAUAUAUUAAAUUUAAUUUAACAAAAAGUAGUCAAAUAUUAUUAUUAUUAUACAAUAAUAUCUGAGAAAAGAUCCAUUUCUUUAUUUUUCAUGCAAUUUCUCAAACCUUAAUGCAAAUACUAUGAGAAAAC